AUGCAUAUUAUGAUGCUCGCGAAAUUAAUGCCACAAUCCCAAUAUCAGCAACAGUUACACCAAAACUCAUUGCUGACCACUCAUAAUUUACCAAAAAGUAGUUUUAGAGGCAACAUCAAAUACUCUCAAAAUAGUAGUGGAAAUAGUAACAAUGACAGCAACAAUAAUAAUAGCAACAAUAAAAAUAACAACUAUCAAUAUAAGAGCAAUAACAAUAGCAAAAGGAAUGAGAAUAAGAAUAAUAUCGGCUACGGUAUAUCAAACCAAAGUGGUGUAUCAUCAAAUGGUCGCAACUUGAACAGCCGAAAUAAUAGUAAUCACAGCAACAGCAAUAGCCGCAACAGCAAUAAUUCGCAGGGCAAGCAUAACAAGAAUAAAAGUACAUCAACCAAUGCCAAUAAUGUGGAUAAUGAUGAACUUAAAGACUACAAGAGUAAAAUCAAAAACAAAUACAACAUCGACUACGACCAUUCACUGGAUGAGGAAUAUGAAAUAAUCGAGGCCAUCGAAUAA